CGCCCCCCCUCCCCCAUCCCGUCCUCUGUCGCAAUGUCCCUCGCCCGCCCAUCCACUCCCCUCUCGCGCGGUCUCCGCAGCGCCGUGGGCUCGGCCUCCUCCUCGCGCGCGGCAUCGUACCAGCGUCCCCCAACGCCAUGGACAUCCAAGAACCACCUCAAGCCCAAGGUCGCGCUGCCCAACCCCCUCCCGCCGCUGUUCCCGCAGAAGGUCGUCCUCUCGGACGGGAGCACAUUCACGUCGUACUCGACCGCGCCGACGCCCGCGAUCCUGCGCAUGACGCGUGACGUGACGAACAACCCGCUGUGGGCGCCGGGCACAGAGCGCCGUGGCGUCGGGGACGGCGUGGAGGAGGGCCGUGUGGGGCGAUUCCGCCGCCGCUUCGAGGGCGCAGGGCAGAAGGGCGCGCAGAAGAGCGCGUUCGGCGACGCAGACCUCCAGUGGAUGUCCGAGGGCGCCGUGUCCGAGAAGGCGCCGGCGCAGAAGAACGCAAAGGCCGCCGGCAAGAAGUAGACGCUCCGCAUAUGCACUGUUCUCAUACACCGAUAGUACAAACUGCUAAUACACCGCUCUAUGGCUCGGCCUUCUCGACCUUUUCUACCUUGCCCGCCACGUCGUCGGGAUUGUAUAGAUGUUCUCCGAG